UUUUCAAACGUUAUACUUUUCAGAUCUGUAGCAAUGAGCCUAGUUCACAUACGCCCGUUGAAACCAGUCCUCCAAGCGAUUGCCAUUGAGGAGUUGAAUGAGGUGCCGCAUCGUGUCCCAGAUGAUAUUGAAGCUCUGCGAGAUUGGGUAUUGAAGCAACCACAUCUGAGAGCCUGCACAGAUGAUCAGUUUCUCUUGGCCUUCUUGCGGGGCACCAAGUUCAGUUUGGAGCGUGCGAAACAGAAGUUCGAUAGAUUCUACACGUUGCAGGCAUCCAUUCCCGAGGUUUUCAACGAGCAGAGAUUGACAACGGAUCCUUUGGUUCUAGAUAUUAUACGUUCCGGGAUUCUCCUUCGGAUACCACAAGAUGAGAAUGAUGCUAGUCCCUGUGUGUCCAUCAUUCGCGCCGGCUCAUACGAUACGAGUAAAUUUAAAUUUCAGGAUAUCAUCCGUGCUGGCUCCAUGUUUGGGGAGAUCAUGAUGUUUGAGGAUGACAAUGCCACGGUUUCCGGCUACAUUGAGGUAAUGGACAUGAAAGGCAUCACGGGCACACAUCUCUUCGCCCUGCGGCCUGAACUGUUGCGCAAGUUCUCCGACUAUGCGGAUGAGGCAAUGCCCACGAGACAGAAGGGUAUCCACUUUAUCAAUGUGCCUCCUGCUUUUGAGGCGGGCUUCAACACAUUGCGCUCUUUCUUUCCCGCCAAGAUCAAGAAUCGAAUUUCCGUUUCCUCCGAUCCGGAUGCCAUUUUCAAUAUUGUGCCACGGGAUUUUUUGCCCUUGGAAUAUGGUGGCACUUAUGGCAUUAUGGAGGAUAUCAGCCGUUCCAUGGAGAUCAAACUCUCCACGUAUGAGUCAUACUUCCUGGCUUCCCAGCACUUUGGAGCUGAUGAAAAGCUGCGAGACUUUAGCAGGCCUCUACAAGAUAAACGAUCCUCUUUUGGCGCUGUUGGUUCAUUCCGAAAACUGGAAAUCGAUUGACAACAACGUGAAGGAGUUCAUUAUUGAAUUAACAACAAUACUACAGACAAUUAGCUUUAUUAGUACACUCAACACAUAGAUUUAAGUAUCCGAUAAUGUUUCAAUUCCUAUCUAAUCGUAUGAACAUAAAUGGGUCUCAUAUGAUAUAAUAGUCCAGUCUUAAAACAAACACCAUACACAAAUAUA